GCCGGCUCAGUCCGCCGCGGCCGCGCAGCGGGCCAGUCGCGAGACGCGCGCGGUACGCAGGCCACGCAGCGCAACCGCCAUGUCGUAUUGCCUCGACGUCGAGUCGUUCAUAAACGAAGUGAAGAAACACCCGGAGAUAUGGGACCUAUCGCACGAAGACAACCGCCAUAAGACACGGAAGAACCGAGCGUGGGGCGAAGUCGCCCGAUUGUUUAUUGAGGAGUUUGAUGAGAUGCCGGAGAUAGACAAAAACGAUGUUUACAGAAAACUACACGGCAAAUGGCGCAACAUACGAGACUCCUUCGUGAGGAACAUGAAAAAACCCGAUGGGAAGAAGGGUUACAUGUACGCUAAACACCUAUCGUUUCUGAACGCAGUUUACAAAGGAUCGGGGAGCGAAGCCGAAGAGAACGAUUCGAAUUCAAACCAGUUGUGGGAGAGCGACGCUGACGAUGACCGAAAAAGUAAAAACAAGAGACGACGCUUCCAAGUUUUGAACGAUUGCAACUGGAGCGACGCCGACGACGACCCACCUUCAACCAUAGACAAUUUAAAAAGGAAACGCAUCUCAAACGUCAAGUGUGAGCCCACUUUAGAAUUCGUGGAUACUCCGCCUCCGAUGACGCCGUUCGCAGAGACCUUUACCGUACCUGCGGAGGAUGAGGAUAGGUCAUUUUUCGAGUCGCUACUACCAGCGGUUAGGGGAUUCGAUCUGGAUCAAAAAUUAGAGUUCCGAAGUCAAGUUAUUACUUUAAUUAAAAACAUAAGAACAACUGCACAAGCACAGAAGUCGACUAGCUAGUGUUGGUAACGGACUACUUCAGAUUGGCAUGAGCUGCAGCUCAUUCUAUCUAAGUGGCAUGCCACUUACAUAGGAUUACUGAUUGAUACAUUUAUAUAAUAGGCCUUUUCAUCUGUGUCAGAUGUUUUAAGCACUUGCGUUCGUGGCUGUACUGUACUAUGCGAGAGAUACAUUACAUACACAUACAUUGAUACAUUUACUAUCACUAUAGUUUUUGUAAUGUAAAUAUUUAUAGUUUUGUCUCAUUCCAAUAAAGUUAA